AUGUCAGUUUAUCCACUAUAUAAAGAGAUCUUCCCACCGACGAGUGUUGAGCACUGCCUGUGCGCCAAGUUUACAUCCCCAUAUGAUACAAAUUUAAUACUCGCCCGGAGGUCAGUACUAGAAAUUUAUAGAUUCAGAGAAGAAGUUGAUGUUGCGAGUGAAUUGGCUGCUGGGGAAAAUGAGGAUAUGGAAGUUCAGGAAUUUGGUGGGGACGAAGAUCAGAAAUUCCUCUUCCCUACGUUAACCCCGGCAUCAACAUCCCCCGCCAUGACCGCCCGACUGGAACUAGUUGCAAAAUAUAAAUUGCAUGGAAAUAUCAUGUCGAUGGGAGUGGUUACAACUAUAACUUCUGCUGUUAAUGGAUUGGAUAGUUUACUUUUGACUUUUGAGGAUGCUAAGUUAUCGCUUUUAGAGUACUCUCUUGCAACCAACAGCAUUGUUACAGUGUCAAUCCAUUUUUAUGAAAGAGAAGAUUUCAAGCGUGAAUUUUUGUCAAAUACCUAUCCUCCAAAAGUACAUGUGGAUCCAUCAAACAGAUGUGCGGUUAUGAAUUUUUAUGGCGAUAAGUUGGCCAUCUUACCGUUUUGUCAGGAAGAGACUUUACACAUAGAUGAAGAGGAAACUGCGAGCAAUCGCCCGUACGCACCAAGUUUCGUUGUUGAUUUAGCUUCGAUUCAUCCUGAAAUUAAGAACGUGAUUGAUAUGACAUUUCUUUAUGACUAUUAUGAGCCGACUUUGGCUAUUCUAUUUGAAACUGUUCAGACGUGGCCUGGCAAACUUUCAUCAAAGAAAGAUACUUGCUCACUAAUAAUAGUAUCUCUUGACAUAUCACAAAAGCAUUACCCAAUAAUCUACUCUCCGAAACCUCUCCCGUCGUCCAGCCUCUAUCUCAUUCCCAUUCCGCGACCGAUAGGUGGCAUUCUCGUAAUCUUCAGCAAUGGAAUGAUCCACAUCGAUCAAUCAUCCCCUGCGACGGGAAUUGCUCUGAAUGCCUUUGCAUCAAGCACGACUGACUUCCCCCUAUCUUAUAAGUACUCUAAUCUUGGAAUAGCCUUAGAAAGCUGCCAGCACGUUGUAUUAGACUCUUCUCGUGUAAUGUUGUUCUCACGAGAUGGGGAUAUGUAUCUAGUUGAAUUAAUUCAGGAUGGAAGAAGCGUACAGAGGAUCGAGAUUGAAAAAGUUGGUGCUAGUACUAUAUCAAGUUGUGCGUGUUCAGUGUUUGAUAGAUAUUUUUUUCUGGGAAGUAGUCUUGGGGAGAGCUAUUUGAUUCAAUGGGGUGAGGAGGGGAAAGAAGAAAACGGUGAGAGUAAAGAAAGGAAAAGAAGUUUGUUGGUUAGAAGGAAUACUGCAGAACUCGAUGCCGUUCCUAUUCCUUCAACUGAUGUGUUGACGAGUACAAUUCCAUCUGCCCUUGGUCCAUUUAUUUCCGAUUUCAAAGACUUGUAUGGAACUGACAGUCGAACGAGCACAAUAAUUACAUCAACAGAAACAGAGAGCAAGAAGACUGGUUCGGGAGGCCUCUGGUUUCGGGUUUGUGAUACUCUGAUCAACGUCGGGCCUAUCGUCGACAUGACAGUAGGCGAGCCAACAUAUGGAGAGGGUGAUAUGAAUCACAACGUAAGAAAAGACGUAGAGUUAGUUACUUGCUCAGGCUAUGGCAAGACAGGAUCUUUGUGCGUUUUUCAUCGUGCAAUCAUUCCUCGAGUUCUUUCCUCGUUCGACCUUAGUGAAUGCAAUGACAUGUGGACAGUCCGAUGUCGGAAGGAAUUCAUUUACGAAGGAGUGAGAUUCGAUUUUGGUAAAGCCGGGAGUAGUAUGGAAGACAGUCAAUCGGAAACAUUUGAUAAAUAUUUGUUUAUAUCCAAAAACACGAGAACAAUGGUACUUAUGACAGGGGAGGAUAUACAAGAACUCGAUAAUGCAGGCUUUUAUACCGAAGGCCCAACGAUAUCGGUCGGAACUUUGUUUAAUGAAACCCGUAUAGUGCAAGUGUAUGCCAAUGGGAUCAGCCUUCUUAAUGCUGAUGGUGUUAUAACUCAAUCAAUACCAUUCAGUAAUGAUUCUGAAAAUGCAGUCAUAGUCAGUGCACAUAUUGUUGAUCCAUAUAUAUUAUUAUUAUGUGAAGAUGGAUCGAUUAAAUUAUUAAAAGCAGAUGAUGCUUCAAAUGAGGUCGUUUUCUGCAAAUUGACAAGUGAUGCUAAUGCAACGGCAAUAGUCUCAUGUUGCUUGUACCGUGACGAGUCGGACUUAUUUACUCUAUACAGAGAUUUAACUCAAUACCUCCCGUCAAAGCCACUUCAACCCAGAAAAAAGCCUCCUGUCUCACCACAACCCGAAAACCAUAACUCUCCCCAAGUAGCAUCACAAAAAUUGCAUGAUCUGGACGAUGAUAUAGACAAUGAGCUGUAUGGAGACGAUAAUAUCAUAGAAGAUGUAGUAAUAGAUAAAGCAGACAACGUAGGAGAAAAGGAAGAAGUGCGAGAGGAAAAGAGUGAAGAAAACGGGAGGAUGGAGAUGCAGGUAGAAAAAGAAGAGGGAGCAGGGAAAGAAGAGUUAAAAGAAGACAGGAACGUGACAGAACAUAAUGUUAGUGGGCUUAUGGAAGAUGAGACUAAGGCGACUUUUUGGGCUGUGGUAUUGAGGAUUGACGGAGCUUUGGAGUACAUAGCUCGAGAUCCCAUCCACGCCGACACUGAAGAUAAACCCGUGUCUAACCGCACUUACCCUUAUAACCCUGACGAGUCUUGGUCCGAGACUUCAAAUUCUUCAUCCUCUUUACAGUCGAUAAUGAAGUCGAUAAAAAGAAAAUUGAUUCCGUUUAGAAAUGUAAAGGGCUUUGCGGGCGUAUUUGUCCCUGGUGCUAGGCCAGUAUGGGUGAUUUGCGGCGCAAAAUGUUAUGUUAGGGUGCUGCCGAUGGGUGGUGAGGAUGGGAUUAAAGCCUUUACACAAUUUCACAAUGUUAAUUGUGUUCACGGGUUUCUAUAUUCUAAUGUUGAGGAUGUCUGUCGAAUGGGCAUUCUUCCAUCUGACUUUACAUACGAUCUUGAAUGGCCCGUGAAAAAGAUAAAUCUUGGGAGGUCAGUCCACGGUAUAGAAUAUCAUCCGGAUAUGCAAGUUCAUGCAUUGUUAUCGUCAGUCACAGUUUCGUUUAGACUUCAUGACGAUAACGGAGAGCCAAUUGUUGGAGAAUAUGAGGAUCCGAAUUUUUCACCCAAGUCCCAAAAAUUUACUCUUGAACUCAUUUCACCUGUCACUUGGGAGACAGUCGACAGACAUGAUUUCAAUGAAGACGAACAAGGUCUUUGUAUCAAAUGUGUCAGUCUACAGACAAAGUCAACUGCAAGUGGAAGGAAAGCGUUCAUUGCUGUUGGGACGGGAUAUUUCAGAGGAGAGGAUGUUGGAAUGCGUGGAACUAUUUACGUAUAUGAAAUAAUUGAAGUAGUCCCUGAACCCGACAAUCCACAAACAAAUCAUAAAUUCAAGCUGUUGUGCUUUGAAGAUGUCAAAGGAUCCGUCUCUGCUAUCUGUGAUGUGAAUGGCUACUUAUUGACUUGCGUUGGACCAAAGAUUUUUAUUCGUGCAUUUGAAGACAACGACCGAUUAAUCAGUGUCGCAUUUAUUGACAUUCAAAUAUAUGCAACAUGUGUUUCUCCCAUAAAAGAUUUUAUUUUGUUAGGAGAUAUAUAUAAUAGCGUCUGGUUCUUAGGAUUUCAAGAAGAGCCAGCAAAACUAGCCCUUCUUGGAAAAGAUUACCACAAACUCUCAGUAAUUGCAGCAAAUUACAUAUUAGAUGACCGAGUACUUUACUUUGUCGUUGCAGACAACGACAAAAACAUACAUCUAUUCCAAUACGCGCCAUACAAUUUACAAUCGUUUGCAGGGCAGAAACUUGUUCGUCGAGGUGAUUUCCAUGUGGGAGCACAGAUCAAUACCAUGGCUAGGGUAAAGCGACGAGAGAUUGUAAGGAGAGAUAAUCCUGGAACGGAUCAAAUGAUGAUGACCGACGAAGAGAGUGAAUCUUUUGCUGAAUUGUGCUUGUGUGGAACACUGGAUGGCAGUAUCGGAAUGGUAACACCAAUACCGGAGAAAAUGUACAAGAGAAUGCAGUUAUUGCAUGCACAAAUGGUUAAUGGCAUUCCGCAUCCUGCUGGGUUAAAUCCCAAAUCAUUUAGACUUCUUCAAUCAAAAUUACGCCUUCUCCAAAAUCCAGUGAAGUCAAUUUUAGAUGGUGACCUUAUUUUUGAGUUCCCAUCACUUGCACAAAACAGACAGCGUGAAAUGACAAAGCAAAUUGGUACGAGCGUUGAGAGGGUUAUGGAUGAUUUGCUAACUAUGCAGAUUGGACUUGAUCACUUUUAG